GUCACGUGACCAUCAGUAGAUCAGAUUAAAUGAAAUCCAAACAUUUGGACUUUGUUUGAAAAUUACAAAGUUACUAGCAGUUGCUCUGUAUGAGCUGCCAUGUUCCUCUUCUUAUUCCACAAUAGAAUCCUCUUCUUUUUCGACAACAGCGUGAAAAUGCCAUUUUGGCAUCAAACCGUGUUCGUCGUGUUGCUUCUGACAGGUUCAGCGGGCGAGGCAGCACGGGUGCAUUACCACCCGACACCUACAUGCGCAGUGAAAGGGUCGACGGUCACAAUCCUCUGCACGUUCACACCGCUUACGGAGGUUGUCAGGGUGGUGUGGUGCGUCAAUCACCUCAUAUGUCACGGCAUCACACCGUCCGUGUACGACAGCGCAAAGCCUCGCCCCGCCUCACGGUACCAGUACUUGGGAGACUUGGAAGGAAACUGCACACUUCAGAUCCACAAUGUCCAGGAGACGGACAGCAGGACAUUCCGCUUCCGCAUGGAAGCUGUUGACUCCUUGGGACAUUUCACUGGCACCACAGGGGCAAAGAUCAACGUCAUCGAUAACGCUCAGAUGGUGGUGUUAAGCUCCGCUUCCGCCAAGGUGAGCGAGGGCGACAGAGUGACUCUGAGUUGCACUUCCCGUUGCUCCUUCCAGCAGCUGGAGGUGCACUGGUUCCGAGAUGGCUACCACGUUCUCUCAGGAUCCGGCCCCGCCCUACAGCUGGGCCUCAUGACCAAGGACAAGUCUGGCAACUACACCUGCGCGCUGGCGAGGGACACAAGGACCAUGUCGAUGCCCUUCAGCCUGAACGUGGAAGCGCGUCAAUCCAACUUGGCUGGACGUGAUGGACAGCUUGCUCUGACUCUUGGCUUGACCUUUGGCCUUCUGCUGGUGUUGCUGAUUUUCAUUCUGCUGUUCUUCAUCAUUAAAAGGAAGUGUUGGGUGGCGUCAUGUGAGAAUGUCAAAGGUCUGGAAGGAGAGAUGGAGCAGAAGCACGGUGAACGUGUGUACUGUAACUUGCCAUCAUCUGCUGAACCAGCCACACAGGAAAUGAGCCACAGCACAGAGGAAAUCAGCUACGCCUCCAUCCAGUUUAAACAAAAGACUGUGAGCAGACCAGUGAAGGACAGCAAAGAAUUUGUCAUCUACUCAGCUGUAGCGAGCCCGUUGCAAUGACUCAGCAGAUGUUGCCAAUUCAGAAUUCUCAGAAGAGGAUCUAGCAGAGGUGGGAGAAAGUCAGUGUGUUGCAACUCUCAAGU